UCCCCUGUGUGGUCAGAAGAUGGAUCCAGAAGAUGUUAAGAACUAUAGGCCAGUUUCCCGCAUCCCCUUCCUGGACAAGUUGCUUGAGUGGGUGGUUAUGAGCCAAUUCCAAGCAUUUUUGAAUGAAGCAGAUGGUCUAGAUCCAUUUCAUCAGGUGUCAAAUCCAGCUUUGGAAGAAAACUGUCUUGGUUGCCCCAUGGGUUGACCUUGGCUGAGUGGAGAUGGGGACUGUGAUCUAGAGCUUUCCUCUCAGACCCAUUGUCAGCUUUCAGCAUAAUCAACCAUGAGAUUUUUCCAAGAGUUGGAGUACUACCAUGCAGUGGUUCUGUUCCAAUUUUGAUGGUUGAUUCCAGAAGGUAGUGCUGCAGGAUUAAUGCUCUGCCCCUUGGCAGUUUUCCCAAGGGAUGCUGCAGGACUCCAUUCAAUAUCCUGUGCUUUUGAACAUCUGCAUGAAAUUGCUGGACAGGUUAUCUGGAGGAAAGAACCAAGGUGUUACCAAUACAAGGAUAACGCCCAGCUCUCUCUCUCCUUCACAACAAACUCAGGAUAUUAACACAUUGGAAAACAGAAUGUUAAUGCUUGAUGGGAUGCCUGCAAUCAGAGUUAAAACAGAACUGCUGGAAUCAGAACAAGGGUCUCCAAACGCACACAAUUACCCAGAUAUGGAAGCUGUACCCCUGUUGCUGAACAGCAUGAAGGCAGAUCCGGAGGAAGACUCCUUGUCCGCAGAUCAUUUUCAAACGCAAACUGAGCCAGUGGACUUGUCGAUAAACAAAGCCCGGUCAUCCCCGAUCGCUGCCUCGUCUUCGCCGGUGUCCAUCACGGCAUCGGCAUCUUCUCCUUCUUCCACUUCAACAUCUUCUAGUCGGCCAGCCUCAUCGCCCACAGUAAUAACGUCGGUCUCUUCAGCAGCAGCCGCCCCAUCAGUAUUAACUCCCGGCCCGCUUGUGGCAUCUGCGUCAGGCGUUGGAGGGCAACAGUUUUUGCACAUAAUCCAUCCAGUACCACCUUCGAGCCCCAUGAACCUGCAGACCAACAAAAUGAGUCACGUACACCGUAUCCCGGUGGUGGUGCAAUCUGUACCUGUGGUCUACACUGCUGUGAGAUCCCCAGGGAACGUGAACAAUACUAUAGUCGUCCCGCUACUGGAGGAUGGGAGAAGUCAUGUCAAAGCACAAAUGGACCCACGUGGCCUGUCUCCCAGACAAAUUAAAAGUGACAGCGAUGACGAUGACCUACCCAAUGUGACCUUGGAUAGUGUUAACGAAACUGGAUCCACGGCCCUCUCUAUAGCCCGAGCUGUUCAAGAAGAGAGCAUGUGGGGCUGUGCCAGGUCAGCAGUUAACACUUUUCGUUUUUUCAACUCCAGUUCAAUUUCACCAUUUAGUAUCGAGAGCACAAGACGCCAGAGAAGGUCUGAAUCUCCGGACUCCAGAAAGCGCCGCAUCCAUCGGUGUGAUUUUGAAGGAUGCAACAAGGUAUAUACUAAAAGCUCCCACCUGAAGGCUCACCGGAGGACGCACACAGGAGAGAAACCGUACAAAUGUACCUGGGAGGGCUGCACCUGGAAGUUUGCGCGUUCAGAUGAACUGACAAGGCACUACCGCAAACACACAGGAGUGAAGCCGUUCAAGUGUGCAGACUGUGACCGAAGCUUUUCCCGUUCAGAUCACUUGGCAUUGCACCGCCGAAGGCACAUGCUUGUCUGAAAAAUGCUACCUUGUCAAAUAAUAAUAAUAAUAAUUAAUAAUAAUAAUAAUAAUGGAAGUACCAA